UCAGUAUGCUUGCUCAGCAUCUACCCUUCAGGCAGUUGUGAGUCGUUGCCUGUGUGAGGACAUCAAUGUGAGGGCAGCAGUGCAAGAGCGUCAGCUUGAGAUUGUUAGUAUGAUGAUAGUAUGAACUCGACAGUGCAAAGAAGUCAGUGUGAGGUCGUCUGUGUAAGGGCAUCAGUGUGAGGGUGUCAGUAUGAAGGCGGCAGUGUGAGAACAUCAGUGUGAGAACAGUGUAAACUCGUCAGUGCAAAGGCGUCAGUGUAAAGGCGGCAGUGUGAGAACAUCAGUGUGAAGACACUUGCCAAGGACAUCACUUCUGACAAAAGUAGCUCUAAUAUGAGGUUCAAUGUGACAAGAUUGUCACUGGUACUGAACCUUGUGCUGUCGUCAUGUGUUUGGCUCAUGUUCCUCAGAGAUGAAUACGUUGAGCAAUCUACUCUUGUCGCAGUGAUAACGCAAACGAAUCUGUCGGAGAAACAACUUUCAUGUGACUGGGAGGAAGAUGAAAUAAUUGAGGAUGAAGCAGAGAACUCGGUGUUGAAGAAGAUGUAUAGUGACAUCAGCGAGUGUGCCAACUCUGUAGUACGACCCAGCAGUUACCAGCGUGGACAUUACUGGGUACUGGAGAACUACCUGCCUGCUGCUUACACCUUCCCUUGUAACAACACCAUUACCUAUACUACCCAUGCUGACUAUACCUUCCUUAACAACCUGGUGCCUCUCACCACUCGCUGGCAGGGUCCGGUGAGUGUAGCUGUGUAUGCUCCGGGAGAUGACUUCGACAACACUAUCAACACUAUUGUCUACUUGCGCAACUGUGGCAGCGCAGAUAUUACAAACUUAGUCACUUUCCAUCUUUACUUCGACGUCUCUCACUUCCCUUCACAGGUACCGCCGGCAGAGGAAGUGCUGACCAGGAAGAGUGAGUGUUCUCAGCAGGUGAACCUGAGCUCAGUGAGCACUUACCGUUACCAACAAGGACUCUUGUACCCUGUCAACGUGGCCAGGAACACCGCCAGACUGGCUGCCAAAACUUACUUUGUUCUGCCUUCAGACAUUGAACUCUAUCCUUCCAUCAACUUUAUACCAGAAUUUUUCAAAAUGCUGAGACGUUCAGAUUCUUCGUCCAGUACGAAGCCUCGGGUGUAUGUUCUCUCAAUAUUUGAAGUGAAAGAAGAGAUCACGCCCCCAGACACCAAGACUCAACUAUUGUACUUACUGAGAAGAAAAAAGGCGAUACCGUUCCACACAUACGUGUGUAAACGUUGUCAUAAUGUACCACAAGCCAAAAAAUGGAAGCGUACUAAAGAGAAGUCUGUGAUGUCGGUGUUCCACAUAGCUAAACGGAAAGCUCCCUUCGACAAGUGGGAACCCAUAUAUGUGGGCACCAACGCUGAGCCCUUGUACGACGAACGCCUCUCCUGGGAGGGCAAGGGAGACAAGAUGACACAGGUGGGUGCACCGUGCACCAGCUGAUGUUAAUAACUUCCCAACGGAUGUUGUGAUUCAACUCUUUUAAAAU